AGAGAGCGGCAUACACUCAAACACACAGCUUUGUGUGCACAGUGCAGGUCAGUCAACCUGCAGGCUGUGGCAACACGCUGGACGCACUUACCGCAACUCUGGAGAGUGGAUUUUACUGACAGAGAGCGAUUUCUUGUUUGUGUUUCUCGGGGUUUCGUCAGUGUGAACAUUUUUUCUUAAUUCUCCAGCGCAGUGAAUAAAAAAUUCCAAGGAGAAAGCGUGCAACCAGUCUCUGAAGCCUGGUUGGGUGGAAAUGACAAGCGAGAGACCGGUGACAAUGCCGGGCUCGUUGUCGCUCUCGGACCGUCAACCUCCUGCAGGUCACGGGUACCACGCGGCUGCAGUCUCCGCUGAGACACCCAUAAUGUCCUGCUCAGGCUCAGUGCUCCUCCCGGCAGGGAUUAUCAAUCCGUCGGUUCCAAUCCGGAAUAUCAAAAUGAAAUUUGCUGUUCUCAUCGGACUGAUCCAGGUCGGAGAGGUUAGCAACCGGGAUAUUGUUGAGACGGUGCUGAAUUUGUUGGUGGGUGGUGAGUUUGAUCUGGAGACAAACUUCAUUAUCCAGGAUGCAGAAAGCAUCAGCUGCAUGGUGGAGCUGCUGCAGCACUGUGAUGUCACCUGCCAGGCGGAAAUCUGGAGCAUGUUCACUGCCAUCCUUCGAAAAAGUGUUCGAAACCUGCAGUCAAGCACUGAGGUGGGCCUCAUCCAGCAGGUGCUGCUCAAAAUGAGCUUGGUGGAUGACAUGAUUGCAGACUUGUUAGUGGACAUGUUGGGAGUGCUGGCCAGCUACAGCAUCACAGUCAAAGAACUGAAGUUGCUCUUCAGUAUGCUUCGAGGGGAAGGAGGCCUCUGGCCGAAGCAUGCGGUUAAAAUGCUGUCAGUGCUAAAUCAGAUGCCUCAGAGACACGGUCCAGAUGCCUUCUUCAACUUUCCUGGGCGCAGUGCAGCAGCCAUUGCUUUACCUCCUAUUGCCAAGUGGCCUUAUCAGAAUGGGUUUACAUUCAACACCUGGUUUAGAAUGGAUCCCCUGAAUAACGUCAAUGUUGACAAGGACAAACCAUAUCUCUACUGCUUUCGCACCAGCAAGGGCAUUGGCUACUCUGCACAUUUUGUUGGUAACUGCUUGAUUGUGACAUCACUCAAGUCUAAAGGAAAAGGUUUCCAGCAUUGUGUGAAGUAUGACUUUCAGCCCAGGAAGUGGUACAUGAUCAGCAUUGUUCACAUCUAUAGCCGCUGGAGAAACAGUGAAAUCAGAUGCUAUGUUAAUGGGCAGCUUGUUUCUUAUGGAGAUAUGACAUGGCACGUCAACACAAAUGAUAGUUAUGAUAAAUGCUUCCUUGGGUCCUCAGAGUCGGCCGACGCUAACAGAGUAUUCUGUGGGCAGCUAGGAGCUGUCUAUGUGUUCAGUGAGGCCCUCAAUCCUGCACAGAUAUUUGCAAUUCAUCAGCUAGGAGCAAGCUAUAAGAGCACAUUUAAGUUCAAGUCAGAGAGUGAUAUUCACUUAGCAGAGCAUCACAAGCAGGUGUUGUAUGAUGGUAAGUUGGCCAGUGUCAUCGCCUUCACCUAUAACGCCAAAGCCACUGACGCCCAGCUCUGCCUAGAGUCCUCGCCUAAGGAAAAUCCCUCCAUCUUUGUGCACUCGCCACAUGCCCUUAUGCUACAGGAUGUCAAAGCCACAGUGACUCACUCCAUCCAUAGUGCCAUCCACUCCAUUGGUGGGAUCCAGGUGCUCUUUCCACUUUUUGCUCAGCUGGACUAUCAUCAACUGAAUGACAGCCAGGUGGAAACCAGUGUAUGUGCCACUCUCCUGGCUUUUCUGGUUGAGCUGCUCAAGAGCUCUGUGGCCAUGCAGGAGCAGAUGCUGGGAGGAAAGGGCUUUUUGGUGAUUGGAUACCUGCUAGAGAAGUCAUCGCGUGUGCACAUCACCAGGGCUGUAUUAGAGCAGUUCCUCUCCUUUGCAAAGUAUUUGGAUGGUUUGGCACAUGGGGCACCACUACUGAAGCAGCUUUGUGACCACAUCCUGUUCAAUGCUGCCAUCUGGAUCCACACUCCUGCCAAGGUGCAGCUCUCUUUGUACACAUACCUUUCUGCUGAGUUCAUUGGCACAGCAACCAUCUACAACACUAUUCGUCGAGUGGGCACAGUGCUUCAGCUCAUGCAUACACUGAAGUACUACUACUGGGCUGUCAACCCUGCAGACAGCAGUGGCAUCACACCAAAGGGUCUUGAUGGUCCAAGGCCGACCCAGAAAGAAAUAAUUUCUCUGCGGGCGUUCAUGCUUCUCUUCCUCAAGCAGCUCAUCCUGAAGGACCGAGGUGUAAAGGAGGAUGAGCUGCAGAGCAUCCUGAACUAUUUGUUAACGAUGCAUGAGGAUGAGAAUUUGCAUGAUGUGUUGCAGUUGGUGGUAGCCCUCAUGUCUGAGCAUCCAGCCUCCAUGAUCCCCGCUUUUGACCAGAGAAAUGGAAUACGAGUAAUCUACAAGCUUAUGAGCUCAAAGAAUGAAAGCAUUCGAGUACAAUCCCUUAAAGUCCUUGGGUACUUCCUCAAGCAUUUGGGCCACAAGAGGAAGAUGGAGAUCAUGCACACACACAGCCUCUUUACUCUCUUGGGAGAGAGGCUCAUGCUGCACACCAACAUUGUGACGGUGACGACCUACAACACUCUGUACGAGAUACUGACAGAGCAAGUGUGCACACAGGUAGUUCACAAACCUCAUCCUGAGCCUGACUCUACUAUCAAGAUUCAGAACCCAAUGAUUCUCAAGGUGGUGGCAACCUUACUGAAGAACUCAGCCCACAGCACAGAGCUGAUGGAGGUUCGGCGGCUCUUCCUUUCAGACAUGAUCAAACUGUUCAGCAACAGUCGAGAGAACAGACGGUGUCUGCUUCAGUGCUCUGUAUGGCAGGACUGGAUGUUUUCCCUCAGCUACAUCAACCCUAAAAACUCUGAUGAGCAGAAGAUAACCGAGAUGGUGUACAACAUCUUUCGUAUUUUGCUCUACCAUGCCAUCAAGUAUGAGUGGGGAGGAUGGCGUGUGUGGGUGGACACACUUUCUAUAGCCCACUCUAAGGUGACAUAUGAGGCACAUAAAGAGUAUUUGGCUAAGAUGUAUGAAGAAUACCAGCGUCAGGAGGAGGAGAAUAUUAAGAAAGGAAAGAAGGGUUUGGUCAGCACCAUCUCUGGUCUAUCUGCUCAGGCCUCUGGUAUCAAGGGCACAAUUGAGAUCAGAGAAAUAGACGAUAACUCCCAGACACCCGAGAGCGAGACGGACUACGAAAGUGCUGACUCGCGCAACCUACUGGCCGAAGGGAAGGAGCCUGAAGAGGGCCUCAGAGGAACAGAGGAUACAGUAGAUGGGGUCGGGGUCGAAGUUCAUGACCUUCUGGUUGGCAUCAAGGCUGAAAAAGUUGAGGCUAUAGAAGUUAAGAUGGAUGACAUGGACUUGUCCUCUGAAACUCUGGGAAUCUCUGAGAAUGGAGCACUGGUGGAGAUGGAUUCUUUGUUGGAUAAUGUUUACUGUGCAGCUGUGGAAAAGCUCAAGAGUAAUGUUAGUGGUGUGUUGUUGACAAAGAGCAAAAUGGAUGACCAAAAUGCACCCCCUCUCAUUACGUUAGAUGAGGACAAGGACAGCAUUCCUAACAUGUUUGGCAAGGUGACAGGCAGUGUGGAGGACAAGCUACUGCCUGAUCUCAGUUCAGCUGAGCCUCUGAGCCUGCCCAGCUCAGAGCCUCCAGUGCACACCAGUGCCAGUGAUGAGCUAGACCUUCUAGCUCACAUGACAGGCACCUCUGAGUUUGGUUCCUUACCCAGUAUCCUCGAGAGGGACGAGUUUGAGCUACAGACAGCUGACGAGGGUAUCGGCUCUGUGGCCGCUACAGAGGCAGACUCCUCCAAAAGCUUGGAGGUCACUGAGGGCACAGCUGCAGCAGCAGCAGCUGAAGGUGACCCCUCAGCAGUUAAGAUCAGCAGUGCAGCAGAUGCAACAAGCAACACUUCUGACACUGAAAGAUCAGAUGAUGGAGAGAAGGAGAUGAAGAAGAUCCAGACAACAGCCACCACGCAGGGUCUACAUGGCCGCCUAGUCCCUCAAGUGGAGAGGGACAUACGUGUGGACCUGGGCUUCAGGGGUACGCCCAUGACAGAGGAACAGCGGCAUCAGUUCAGCCCUGGUCCACGCACCACAAUGUUCCGCAUCCCAGAGUUCAAAUGGUCGGCCAUGCACCAGCGACUGCUCACUGACCUGCUGUUUGCUCUGGAGAGUGACAUUCAUGUCUGGAGAAGCCACUCCACCAAAUCGGUCAUGGACUUUGUUAAUAGUAAUGAAAACAUCAUUUUUGUCCACAACACCAUCCACCUCAUCUCGCAAAUGGUAGAUAACAUCAUUAUUGCUUGUGGAGGGAUUUUGCCCCUUCUCUCAGCAGCCACCUCUCCUUCUAGUGCCAAGAUGGACUUUGAGAACAUCGACGCAACACAGGGCAUGUCUUCAGAGACCGCCAUCACUUUCCUGUCUCGUCUCAUGGUUAUGGUGGACGUUUUAGUGUUCUCAAGCUCCCUCAACUUCAGUGAGAUUGAGGCUGAGAAGAACAUGUCCUCUGGUGGCCUGAUGCGCCAGUGCCUCAGGCUUGUGUGUUGUAUGGCUGUUAGGAACUGUCUUGAGUGCAGGCAGAGACACAGAGACAAAGGAAAUAAGUCUUCCAUUCCCAACAACAAGACUCAGGAAAUACUUCAAAAUGCCGUGACUUCCAGCAAGACAGCCAUAGAGACUGUCCCUAGUAACCUGUCUCCCAUUAAGGACCCUGACCGCCUUCUGCAGGACGUGGAUAUCAAUCGACUGCGUGCUGUGGUGUUUCGUGAUGUGGAUGACAGUAAGCAAGUCCAGUUCCUGGCAUUAGCUGUAGUGUACUUCAUAUCUGUCCUCAUGGUCUCCAAGUACCGUGACAUUCUGGAGCCACAACGUGAGACUGCCAGGAUAAGCAGCCAAUCAGGCCGCAGCUUACGUCAGGAGAUCAACUCACCAACCAGGAAAGAAACUACGCUGGCCUUUAACAGCAGUAGGGACCAUCUUGUGCCAUCAGAAGACCUCCACAUGGACAGCUGUCUUCCCCACACAGACUCUGGGAUUGGAGACGAGCAGAUAGCCAGCAUCCUUAAUGGGUCUGACCUGGACCAAAGCGCUGGAGGACCGGACGCCAUGAGUGAGCUCAUAUCUGUGCUCUCCUCAGAGGUGAAGAAGUCUCAAGAGAGUCUGUCUGAGUCACCCAGCGUGGAUGUGCUGAAACCACCCUCCUCCAUCAUCAGCAUUAGCCAGCCCAACAAGGGCAUCAAUGUCAAGCAGAUUCUGAAGAGUCUGGUGGCAGCUCCAGUGGAGGGCAUAGAGACUGGGCUGGAGCCUGUAUCCUACCCAGACCCUGCUGCCAAGGCCCAGGCCAUGCUACCCCUGCAGUUCCACUCAUUUGACAGGAGUGUGGUGGUGCCUGUGAAGAAAGCCUCUCCCGGCAGCCUUACAGUUAACACGGUGGGAAGUAGCAGCAGUACGUCUGCUGGGCUAACAGCCGGCAGCACCCCCAACAUCUUUGCUACUGCAUCUAUCACCUCCAAAAGCAUGAUCAACACCACGGGAGCCACAGAUGCAGCCCCCUCUACCUCCUCUUCCUCCAGUUUUGUCAGUGGAGCCACAAGUAAAAAUCUGCCCGCCGUGCAGACGGUGGCCCCCAUGCCUGAAGACACAGUAGAAAACAUGAGUGGCGUUUGCGAGGUGGACCAGUGUCCACUACACCAGAGACUGACAUCUCCCGAGUUCAAACCCUUUAGUUCCUUGACAGGAUUACAGGCACCCUCCAGAAGGGCAGGCCAGUGUCUUAGUAUUACUACAAAGCUGGAGCGGGCUUUGGAGAAGGUGGCACCUCUGCUGAGAGAGAUCUUUGUGGACUUUGCACCAUUUCUGUCACGCACCCUGCUGGGUAGCCAUGGCCAAGAGUUGCUCAUAGAAGGUCUAGUAUGUAUGAAGUCAAGCACCUCAGUGGUGGAGCUUGUCAUGCUACUUUGUUCUCAGGAGUGGCAGAACUCCAUUCAGAAGAACGCUGGACUGGCCUUCAUCGAGCUAAUCAACGAAGGAAGGUUGCUCUGCCAUGCCAUGAAGGACCACAUAGUUCGGGUUGCUAAUGAGGCUGAAUUCAUCCUGAACAGACAGAGAGCGGAGGACGUCCACAAACAUGCAGAGUUUGAGUCCAACUGCGCCCAAUAUGCUGCUGACAGAAGAGAAGAAGAGAAGAUGUGUGACCACCUGAUCAGUGCUGCUAAACACAGAGACCAUGUGACAGCAAACCAAUUAAAGCAGAAGAUUGUCAACAUCCUCACCAACAAGCAUGGUGCCUGGGGGACACUGGCCCAGAGACAGCUGCAUGACUUCUGGCGUCUGGACUACUGGGAAGAUGACUUGCGACGGAGGCGUAGAUUUGUCAGAAACCCAUUUGGCUCCACCCACUUAGAUGUCUCAUGCAAGUCACUACAGGAGUAUGGUUCAGAUGAAGAUGAGGUGGUCAAGUCUAUGAAGGCCUUUCGCAGCCAGACUACAUCCAGCCAGAACCCAGAGACAGAGCUGAUGCUUGAGGGAGAGGAUGAUGCUGCCAGUCUACUGCAGGAGAAGGAGAUGGACAACCUGGGUGGCCCAGUGGUCCUGUGCAGCCCGGCUCAGCUUGUUGCUCCUGCCCUGGUGGCCCGGGGGACUCUGUCCAUCACCACCACGGAAAUCUACUUUGAGGUGGACGAAGAUGACCCUGCCUUCAAAAGGGUCGAAUCAAAGGUCUUAGCAUACACUGAGGGUUUACACGGGAAGUGGAUGUUCAGCGAGAUCCGAGCAGUCUUCCCCAGACGCUACCUCCUGCAGAACACAGCGAUGGAGGUCUUCAUGGCCAACAGAACAUCAGUGAUGUUCAACUUUCCUGACCAGGCCACAGUAAAGAAAGUGGUCUACAGCCUUCCUCGAGUUGGAGUGGGCACCAGCUAUGGACUUCCACAAGCUAGGCGCAUCUCCCUCGCCACCCCUCGACAGCUUUUUAAAUCCUCUAACAUGACCCAGCGCUGGCAGAGAAGAGAGAUCUCCAACUUUGAGUACCUCAUGUUUCUCAACACAAUUGCAGGGAGGACAUACAAUGACCUGAACCAGUACCCCGUCUUUCCCUGGGUUCUCACCAACUAUGACUCUGAGGAGCUGGACCUGACCUUGCCGGGGAAUUUUAGAGAUCUUUCAAAGCCUGUUGGCGCUCUGAAUCCGAAGCGUGCGGCAUUCUACGCUGAACGUUAUGAAGCGUGGGAAAAUGACCAGACACCACCUUGUCAUUACAGCUCCCACUACUCCACUGCUGCCACCAGCCUGCACUGGCUUGUCAGAAUAGAGCCCUUCACCACGUUUUUCCUUAGUGCCAAUAACAACAAAUUCGACCACCCUGACCGCACCUUUUCAGCCAUUGCCCGCUCUUGGAGAAACUGUCAGAGGGACACGUCAGAUGUAAAGGAACUGACUCCUGAGUUCUACUACCUCCCAGAGAUGUUUGUCAACAGCAAUGGCUACCAUCUGGGUAUGAGGGAUGACAGGACCAUGGUUUGUGAUGUGGACUUGCCAGCCUGGGCCAAGAAGCCUGAAGAUUUUGUUAGGAUGAACAGGAUGGCCCUUGAAAGUGAGUUUGUGUCAUGUCAGCUGCAUCAGUGGAUUGACCUUAUUUUUGGCUACAAGCAGCGAGGCCCAGAGGCAGUGCGUGCCCUCAACGUCUUUCACUACCUGACUUAUGAGGGCGCCAUCAACCUGGACAGUAUCACUGAACCUUCGCUCAGAGAGGCUACAGAGGCACAAAUCCAGAGCUUUGGACAGACGCCAUCUCAGUUGCUUAUUGAGCCACAUCCUCCACGCAGCUCCGCCAUGCACCUGUGUUUCCUUCCACAGAGUCCUCUCAUGUUUAAGGAUCAGAUGCAGCAGGAUGUCAUCAUGGUGUUGAAGUUUCCCUCCAAUUCACCGGUAACCCAUGUGGCUGCCAACACCUUGCCCCAUCUUACCAUACCUGCAGUGGUUACCGUCACUUGCAGCCGUCUAUUUGCUGUCAACCGAUGGCACAAUACUGUUGGUCUCCGAGGAGCACCAGGCUACUCUCUGGAGCAGGCCCAUCACUUGCCCAUAGAGAUGGAUUCUCUGGUUGCCAAUAAUACUGGAAGCAACAAGCGUCAGAUCACAGACCUGGUGGACCAGAGCAUCCAAAUCACCACACAUUGUUUCGUGGUGACAGCUGACAACCGCUACAUCCUGGUGUGUGGCUUCUGGGACAAGAGCUUUCGUGUGUACUCCUCCGAGACAGGUAAACUGAGCCAGAUUGUUUUUGGACACUGGGAUGUGGUGACAUGUCUGGCCAGGUCAGAGUCUUACAUCGGAGGAGACUGCUACAUCAUCUCUGGAUCCAGGGAUGCUACCCUGCUGCUCUGGUACUGGAGUGGACGGCACCAUAUUAUCGGCGACAACCCCAGUAACAGUGACUACCCAGCACCACGAGCGGUUCUGACAGGUCAUGACCAGGAGGUUGUAUGUGUGUCAGUCUGUGCAGAGUUGGGCCUAGUCAUCAGCGGAGCCAAAGAGGGUCCAUGUCUGGUCCACACCAUCACAGGGGAUCUGCUGCGGGCUCUGGAGGGGCCAGACCACUAUCAAUGCCCACGGCUCAUCUCAGUGUCCAGCGAGGGCCACUGUAUCAUCUAUUAUGAGAGGGGCCGUUUCUGCAACUUCAGCAUUAAUGGAAAACUGCUGGCACAGAUGGAGGUCAAUGAUUCCACCAGGGCAAUUCUCCUGAGCAGCGAUGGCCACAACCUGGUGACAGGUGGGGAUAAUGGUGUGGUGGAGGUGUGGCAGGCCUGUGACUUCAAACAGCUCUACAUCUACCCAGGUUGUGAUGCUGGCGUCCGAGCCAUGGACCUAUCACAUGAUCAAAGGACUCUGAUCACAGGUAUGGCCUCUGGCAGUAUUGUUGCAUUUAACAUCGAUUUCAACCGGUGGCACUAUGAGCAUCAAAACAAGUAUUGAGGAAAGAGGGAGCUACACAGCAGAGGACAAGUGUGGAGGGUUAAGGGGAACACCUACCAACCAGUGAGGGAGCUGUGCUGCAGAAGCUCCACAGAGCAUGAAGGAACCAGAGGGGUGGAGAACAUCGUGUGCUUACAUGAGUUCAUCUGGCCUCUUGCACCAACUGAGCACCAGCUGAAGCAUUUCCCCACCUGAGUCAAACAGGUUUGUUGUUCUGGACAAGGGGAGACUGGGAUUAAGUUAACACAAUUACACAGAUUAACAAGUUCCUCUUUCAAACUGUGAAAAUGCAAAACAAAAUGAAGCCUGCAUUAGGAACAUUUAUACAACAUUUGUAUGGCAGAUACAUAUCUCACUCGGAACACUUUUCUAGGAAAAUAACGUUAACCUGUAAAUAUGGACAAUGUUAAUUAAAAGCUAAAAUAAAGAUCUAAAUGCAGUUAGACUAGACACCAUGUUACCAACAUUUCCAUCAUAUGAGCCAUGUAUAAAUGUUAAGGUUGUCUUCACUGCACUUCAGACGUAUCUGUAAUACAUGUGUAUGACCAUUGUUUGCUCAUCGUUACUAACAGUGGUCAAAUGUAUGUGUACGUGAAAAGAGAAAGUGUCCAUUGUUUGUGUUUGAAUGUCUAAACUAAAGAAAAGUAAUUCAAUAUGAGUUUAGUGAUUUGUGAAAUAUGUUUUUGGUCACAAUGUCAGCAAAAGGAUAAAUUGUGAUAUUGCCAUACUUACCUUUAAAUUGAGGACUAUUUUGUUUAAUAAUGGCGAAGAUUAAAAGUACUUACUGCAAGAGCUUUAAAUGAUUCAAAUGGAACAUUUAGAACAGCAUUGAUCUUUUAUUUUCUUCCAAAAAUGUAUCCUGAUGCUUAAAUACCAGAUUUGUUGGAUACCAUUUCAUGAUUGUUUGUAAAAGUAUCAUUUUAGAGUUAUUCUGUAGUUUUAGGCCCUGCAAACAUUAAUGCUAUUACUUGUGUAUAUCAGUUUUUCAUUCUGAGUAAACUGUUUGCUCAUCCAUUUUAAAUCUGAAUUGUGAACAUCAGUUUAUGCUGUAACAUCUUGCAUUGGGAGGCAAUAUUAUGACUUGGAUGCCGACAAGAUUUGAGGAGGAGGGUUUUCAGCUGGGUGACAAAAAUUAUCCAAUGUUGAACGGGAUGGUGUUCCAAAAGUGACUGUGGUCUAUUUUGGGUACUAUCAGAGCUACUGUGGUGGCUAUUAAUUGCAGAAAUGAAAAGUCGGCUGCUGUGAGCUGACAAAAUAUGCAAAUAGAUUUUAGCUUUCUUUCUGAUUUUCUUGCAGUGCUGCAAGACACCACCCUCCCCAAAGCUGAAGUUUUGCAUGCAAAGAAACCAUUUCAUUGUUUGACUAAAUUUUGAUUAUAUGUAAUACAAGUUUUACAAUGUCACGAUUGAUACAGUUUAGUUAGCUUCUGUGAUUAAAUCAACUUAAAUUCAACUGCUUUUUUAAAAUAAAACUGAAUA